CCUGCGCCGUCUAGUCGGCCACCGCAGAAAAGCGGUUUCUUUAAGACUGGGUCGAGUGCCUAUUGUAUGGAUGCCCGAAAUUGGGUGAGCGUGAUCGGGAAUCGACUGAGGCGGUCUGAAGCGCGGCAUUUUUGAGAGGGCUCGGAAGAGAACACGGCCACCAGGUCCCCAGACACGGAUGGCGUCAGUACUGGAGGAUCCUAUUUUGAUCCGUUAUUUUAAAGGCCACAAAGAUGCAGUAACCUGUGUUGCCUUCAGUCCAAAUACUAAAGUACUUGCCACAUCUUCUUUGGACAAGUUUCUUAUGAUAUGGAAUCUAAGACCAAAUUCCAAAGCUUUCAGAUUUGUAGGUCAUACAGAAGGUGUAACCGGUGUAGAGUUUUCACCAGAUGGACAGCUGGUAGCAUCUGCUUCUCAAGACAGGACAGCCAGACUUUGGAUUCCUUGUAUUCACGGUGAAUCCACACCAUUAAAAGGCCAUACCGCAUCAGUCCGCAGUGUGAAUUUUUCACAUGACAGCCAAUUCCUAGUUACUGCUUCCAAUGACAGAUUGGUCAAAGUGUGGAGUGUAUAUAGUCAGAGUGUUUUGUUUACCUUAUAUCAGCACACUCACUGGGUCCGCUGUGCGAAAUAUUCACCUGAUGGAAGAUUAAUAGUAUCUUGUAGUGAAGAUAAAACUGUUAAGGUCUGGGAUGUAAGAAACAGAAUAUGUGUUCAUAGCAUAAUGGACCGUGAUGGAUUUGCAAACUAUGUUGACUUUAAUCCUGAUGGUACAUGCUUAGCUUGUGCAGGUUCUGAUCACACAGUGAAAAUAUGGGACAUUCGAACAAACAAGUUAUUGCAAAAUCAUCAAGUCCACAGAGCUGCAGUUAAUUACACAGCUUUCCAUCCUUCUGGUAACAAUCUCAUCACAGCCUCCACUGAUGGUACCGUUAAGAUAAUUGAUCUUUUAGGAGGAAGGCUCUUGUACACACUUCAUGGACAUGAGGGACCUGUCCUCUCUGUAACCUUUGCAAAAGGUGGGGAAACAUUUGCCUCUGGUGGCAUAGAUGCACAGGUAUUGUUAUGGAAAACUAAUUUUGAUGUAUUUGAAUAUAAAAAAGUUCUUAAAAAGCAUAUGCGGAGGAUACACAUUGAUGAACCUCCUCACCUUCUUGAUAUUUACCCUCGAUCUCCUCAUCACCAUGAUGUAAAACGACAGUCAGUUGAGAUAAAUCCUAGCUAUGAUGUAACUGAUAUGCGAACAUUUGACCCAACUGUCAUAGAUAUUAACUCUUCAUCUACUUCUCAGGUAGUACUUCAGUAUAUGUUACUGCAACAGCUUGCCAUGGCAUUGCUAAAUCACUGA